GGAGAAGAUCUCCGUCUAUCGUGAUGUUCUUCACACACGACAUUACAUUCGCGAGGGAGAAGACCUUGCUGACCUCCUUCGUGCCCUCGAGGCCCUGUGUCAGUGUUCGGACCUUUGGUAUCUCACGUUGGCAUUGGAGGAGCGUGCAUCUUUGAUGCGACAGGCGCUCGUACUUUCCCAUGCCGACAAACACCUUAUCACCUCCCUUGCGAAUGUUCUAUUGAUGAUGUAUGGCCGCAGCUCGCGACUGGAGCACCUCCAGGAGGCAAAGCAGCUCGCAGAGGAAAUGAGGCAGCGCGAGGCAGGGUUGGACUGUGCGGUGCUGAGCACGAUGGAGACCCAUCUGAACGAGACGGGCUCCUCCUUGCCCGACAUCGACACGUGGCUAAAGCUACAUUGCAGGAUCACCACUCUUACCCCAACCACGCACGUGGACUGCCCUGAACGACUGAUGACGUUCGAGACCGCGAUGAGGGAGCGGGGUUCAUCUGCGAGGGACCGUAUCGAGGCGCUCAAGGAGGCUGAGAGGCUGACAAGCUUAGGUUUCGGAGUGAGUAGCCGAUUGAAGGUUCUGAACGAGCUUGUACGCCAAUGUAGAACGAUCGGAACGGAAGAUGCCUCACAAGAAGCCUUACCGAGCUCACGCGUAAAAAACUACCACACCCAUUCGACCACCCUCAUGAUAAGUCCCGAACCUCUAGUCUCUACUCCGCAGCCCUCGCCUUCGAUGCUACCGCCCAGCUGA